ACUUCGAAUCAGUUUUGGUUCGACUUAACAUUUACUUUAUUUACAAACAUGGCGGGGAAAUUGUUUACCGUUGAAACUUGUUCAAAGUAGAAAUGUUAAGAAAUGGACGCAAGAAAUCCAAAUACUCCGAAUGCAAUACACGCAAAGUCGUCUUCUCACAGGAAAACGGUUACACAGGAUGUGCAAAACCCAGAUUUUUCAGAAAAAUCGCCAUCAAAGGCAGAAAUAUUAAAAGAUUUGAGCGAGCAUUUGGCCGUUCAUGCGGAGCGGAUGCGGUUACUUAAUCGCGCUGAAGAAGGAUUAAUUAGUGAUAGCUUCAGUCCGUAUUCAGGUCGGCAAUCUAGUCCAGGGGACAAAAAAGAUGGGUCUUUCAAAAACAUUGAUGAACAUGAAGUUACUACCUCCAAAAUCCCAGUGCCAGUUGCAAGACAAACAAGAAAGGAGAAAGAAAAGAAAAAUCCUACAGCCGUGAUACCGAGACCUGAACUAAUGAAAACAACGACUCUAGAGCUUCAUCCAACGGAGAAGGUGUCCAUGGUCAAACAGAAAGUGGUUAAACAGCAGACCAGAAAAGGGGUUUCUAAGGGGAAGAAAAGCGGUGUGCAAAUAAAAAACUACAAAGCAGACUAUACAUGGAACCGAGGAGGGAGGUUAAAGGAACUGAGAAUAAGGCAUUUGGCAAGAAAGUUUUCUCUCCUCUGGAAGAAUAGAGUGUUUGGAAGAGUAUUGCCAUCUGUUGCAAGGCAUCAUUAUGAGAUCCAGCUAAUGAAACGAGUAUAUCGAGAAUGGCACGGAAUGUGGUGGGAAAUCAGGAAAGAAUGGCGACUGAUGGUCAGAGCAGAGUGCCAUCACAGGUAUGUAGUGUGGAGUAAAGUAUUUGAAGCUUGGAGAUUGUACGUCCUUUACCAGAAAGCCACAGCUGAGAAAAUGGAACUGGCCACAGCUAUUAGUAACAAGGCUAUCCUGACAAUGGCACUUCAGCACUGGAAAGAAUUUGUGAAUCUUCAGAGAGAGAGGAAGAAAGUCAUUGCUAAAGCAGUUGGUCAAUAUGAGCAAGUGUUAAUCAGGUUCGUGUGGAUGAAAUGGAAAGAUCAAUACAGACUUAAGGUGGAAAGACGCGAGAUGGAAGUUGUAGCACUGCAGUUUUGGGCGUACAGGAUCCAGGCGCAGCACUGGUUAAUUUGGGAGGACAGACUGAAGAGGAAAAGACAGACCUACCACAAACAUGCAAUGUCACUCCGGCAUUAUCAACAGACCGUGAAGAGGAGGUGUUUCCUCGCCUGGACUCAGUACUGGUUACAGAAACGAGACCGACACAGACAGAAAGAUUAUGCAGAUAAAUUCUACGCACAGAGCUUGAAAUACCACACAUUUUAUUCGUGGUUGAAGCAGUAUGAGCUCCACCAAUCUAUCCAGGCUCACCAACACUACAUUGAAGUCCUCUCCUGUAGAUUUCAGAGACGGCGCUAUUUCCAGGCCUGGAGGCAUUAUGUAUUGAUACAAGAAGAAGAGAGGACGAAGACUUAUCAGGCUGUGAAUCAUCACAAAACCAAACUGAUGCUGUUGGGAUAUAAUGCCUUUCGACUGAAUGUGGUCCAGUCCCGGGUGAAACAGAUGAGAAAUGAGUUGGCAGUUCAACAUUAUUACAAAUCACUUUUGGGCAGUCACUGGCAAAUCUGGGUACAGCGAUGUGAGAACAAUGAAGAGAUGCAGCUUAUUCACCUUACAAAGAGAGCACAGACACAUUAUCAGACUGUCCUCAAGAGAAAAUGCUGGGAGGCUCUUGUGCUGUACACAAGAUACAGGGAAGAAAGUAAAGCAAAACAGGUCCAGGCAGAUGCUUUCUUCAUUGUUCACGCUUUGCCGAGGUUUGUCUUCCGUUGGAGAAUAUUUGUGGAAAUGGAGAAAAUCAAAAGAGAAAAUCAGGAGAAAUGCUCUCAGUUCAGGAGAGAGAACUUGCUGGCUCAGUUUUUCUAUCAGUGGUUUAACUCGUAUGAAGAACACAGGGACUUCAGGAUGAAUUGGAGAAUGGCUGUUUUACACAACAAUGACUGCAUGAGGAGGCAGUUUCUGGCCAAGUGGAGGAGCCGGUUACACUCAUGUCAGCAGGAUAGGGACAAACAGGCUCAGGCUAUGCAUCACUACCACUGGUUGUUGUGUCGGAAGCACCUGUUAGCGUGGGCGCAAUACAUCAGGGACCUCAGAAAAAUGGAAACUUUGGAAAGAAAGGCAGUAACACAUCAUUACCAGACCACACUGAGGAAAGGGCUACAAACCUGGAUAGAGUAUGUAGUAGAAAUAAAGCAUGAAAAGUCGCAGUGGGCUGAAGCAACCAGAUUUCAUAAAAUGAAGUUGUGUAAGGCAGUUAUUAAUGCUUGGAAGCAACUUCGAACCCAGGGACAGCAGUUCAGUUCAGUGGCAGAGGAAGGGUAUAGACAAAAGUGUACAGUGUGUAAAAGAUGGGCAUUUCACAGAUGGAGGAACAAUGUGCUGGACAAUUUGAGAGAUAGACAGGAGGAUCAAGCUGCCAUUCUCCAUUAUAAUCGUCAACUUCUGCACAAGGUUGUGAUGACUUGGCACCGGUAUGCUGCCAUCCAUGCCUACAAGAAAUCAGAAACUAGACAAUGGGUAGAGUCCACAAAACAGGCUCUGGACAGAAAUAAGUUGCAGCGAUAUUUCUGGCAAUGGCAGCGUGCAGGAGAGGAGAGAAUUCUACUGAGGUUUAAGUACGAACAAGCUGUCCAUCACUACAACACUCAGAUCCAGCAGAGGGCGCUGACCCAGUGGCAGACCUUUACAGCUGCAGCUGUCAAGAAAAAUUUGCGUGUGAAGCAGUGUGGAUGGUUUAACAACAUCAGAAUACUGACCAAUUUUCUGUCACUAUGGAAAUGGAGAUACCAGUUAAAACAGGAAGAGAACCAGAAAACAGACGUAGCGUUGUGGCACUGGAGUCUUGUCCUGCAGAAAAAGAUUCUGGUUGCUUGGUUUGGUUACGCGGCUGACAGGAAGAGGAAGAAGGCACGAAUCACCCGGGCUCUGGAGAGGCGACAGACACGCCAGAUUCGUCAGGGCAUCUCCCAAUGGGUCAUUGUGGCAACAGACUUGUCUGGCAUGAGAGCCAAAAUUGCAGCUCAACAGCAUGCCAAGGAUGCCUUUACGAAACAUCAGUUAGUUCAGCGUUGUGCAUUACACUGGCGAUACAUCACGAUGAAGAGGAAAUCCCAGAGGGGAGAAGACUCCAACAGACCAAAAAUUGGCUUGGAGCAGUUCCAAAUAAAAAAUAUAGAUUAUGUGCCAAAACUAAAACCCCAAUCCACAGACUUGCCAAAACAGAACAACACCUGUAAAGCAUUUCCAAGUUAUCCACUUGUUUCAACGUCUCCGCAGCGAUCAUCGGAAAAAGAUCAAGACUUUUCCUCUGUCAGACUACCUGGGAGAAGAAAGCCUCGUCAUCCUUCAUUCCUAGAAGAGUCGCUCAAGAGAGCUGGUCUAUUUUCUGAAGAAAGGUCACAUUCUGAUGGUAGUCAUUAUCAGCAGAGUAGUUCCAGUGUUCAUGUAAUGACAGAGGAAAGUAAAAUUCACAAUCCCACGCAUGUUUCACCUAGUCUUCCUGUGUGUGCCCCAGAAUCAGAAGCUGUGUCUCAGUCAGAAACUAUCCAGGUUCCUCAACUGAAUUUACAAGUCAUGACCAGCCAGCCAGAUACACAGGAAAACAUUACACAGGAACAGGAUCACUUGUUGUCUCAAGCUACAGAAAGAGUCCAGCAGUCCGUUCACUUUGGAGAUAUUCAGUCUACAAGGAUGAGAGGACCAGGACAGUUUCAGCUUUUGACUCCAGACCACUUUCUCUCUCAUCCAGAUUAUAUGACUGUGACAUCUCAAAAUGAUAUUUCCCCUUUAAGUACCCCAAGGACAAUUGACUCCACAGUGUUGGCUGUUAGAUCAAUGAUACAGACAAUAGAUAGUACUGCGGACAUUCCAGAGGUUCCCCACAGGGUAAAUGAUGGACAAAACUUGCCUUUGAGUGAACAGAUCAUCAGGAUCAGAAAUCAGUUGAAAGGCUUUGAACAACAGAAAAGAAAGCUGAGGAAGUUACAAAAGCAGCACAAACAACUGUCGUCCUGGAUAGUUGAUGAGGAGGGAACUGUAUCAGAAUUGGAAAUGCAGGAAGUGAAGACAGAGGUUCAAGAAAUGGAGAUGGAAAUCCAGUUGUUAGAGACAGAGAUUGAGAACCGAAAACCCGAGUGUGGACGGUUAGUUGAAGAGGUUAAAACUCUCAUUACACUGAUAACAGAACAGAGCUUAUUGUGAUAACAGAACAGAGCUUAGUGUGAUAACAGAACCUGAAUUUGGAUCGUUAGUGGAAGAGGUCGAAACGCUCAUUACAUUGUGACAGUGUGUUGGAACAGAAUUCUGAUAAUAAAACCAGAAUAUGGAUGGUCAGUUUAGACAGACAAGACUUAGAAUGUAACUUACUGAUCUCUUGCUUAAUGUAUUUGUGUUCAUAAAUCACAAAGGUUAGUUUAUACAUAUAUUAUUCAGGUUAGUUAUAAAGAAGAAAUACUGAUUAUUGUUGUUACAGAAUAACUUAGUCAUAGGCCCAAGUAAGUUUUUUGAUCAACCCCCAAAACUAUCAUGAAAGCUUCUCUGAUUAAGGAAAACUGUUCAAACCAUGACCCAGGAGACAGGGGCGGGCCACAGUUUUAGAUUACAGUAGGCAGGGGCGGGCCACAGUGUUAGAUUACAGGAGGCAGGGGCGGGACACAGUGUUAGAUUACAGGAGGCAGGGGCGGGACACAGUGUUAGAUUACAGGAGGCAGGGGCGGGUCACAAUGUUAGAUUACAGGAGGCAGGGGCGGGCCACAGUUUUAGAUUAAAGAUUAUGUCUCCUCAUGUAGCAUGAAUUCAGUAUGAGGCCAAAUAGGUAUGAAAGUCUUACAUUGGAAAUAGGAAUACUUUAAAAACCUUCUGAAUAUUUAACCACAAUGCUACAAAUAAGGAUUCUUAUGUAGAGUUGAUUCAUGUAUGUUAAAACUAUAUCUCAGGGCUAGAAUUUACAUGAUUGUGUUUAUCAGAAUAUUUAUUAUAGGAUUAUAAAUUAAAAAUAUAGUGCAAAUUUGCACUUUUAUUUUAAGUUUGUGAAUAAAUGUCUGGAGUUUACACAUUGAUAAAUUCUUCAAAAAGAAUGUUUGAUUCUUAUAAUUCCAAUUCAUUCACUGUAUUAACAUGAUUAACAAUUUAAAAACUUUGAAUAAUUUCCCCGCUCUAUGUUCUUUGUUUUCAGGUGCGUAUGAAUACAUCCCUUUUUCGGGUUUAUUCAUGUGUAAACUCUCAUUUAGCAUUAUUUUUGUCCAAACAAAGCAAUUGUUGAAAAUAACGUUGGAAUUAUGAAUACAUGUAGAUUACAAAAUGGCUAAUGAUGUGCAUGACUCCUCAAUCAUGUGUAGUGCAAAUGUUUUCUGUUCAAACUAUGUCUCCUCCACCAUCAGGGACCACUAUUGUUACACUGCACUUAGAAAUUCUAUAAGUAUCUUCUGAAAACCUACAAGGGUAUACAGUUUGGAAAAAGAAGAUCCAGCAUGUCCAUGAAUAUGUUGUAUUGAUGUACAUGUGUGUGAAUUACAACAGUGGGUGUACAAUUACCUGCGUAAGAGAGCCAAAGAUUUCUUAAUCUUUAAAUAGUCAUUCCAGUAAAACCAUUAUAAUCAGUUCAUCAAAGACUGAGACAUGUAGUUGUCCAAAGCUUCUUACUGGAUCAUUAAUUACCAAUGUUCCAAACUGGUGAGUCUCAUUAGAGCCAGUGACUCGGGUAAGCAGUGUCUUGUUAGAGCCAGUGACUCGGGUAAGCAGUGUCUUGUUAGAGCCAGUGACUCGGGUAAGCAGUGUCUUGUUAGAGCCAGUGACUCGGGUAAGCAGUGUCUUGUUAGAGCCAGUGACUCGGGUAAGCAGUGUCUUGUUAGAGCCAGUGACUCGGGUAAGCAGUGUCUUGUUAGAGCCAGUGACUUGGGUAAGCAGUGUCUUGUUAGAGCCAGUGACUCAGGUAAGCAGUGUCUUGUUAGAGUCAGUGACUCGGGUAAGCAGUGUCUCGUAAGAGCCAGUGACUCGGGUAAGCAGUGUGGUCCUGUGGUAUCUUAUCUUGGAUAUGCAAAGAAAACUUUUGCAUUUAAUACUGCUUGAUGAUUUAAUGUAAGAAAAGAAACCACCUGAAAUUGAAAAAAGACAACCUGUACAUUUACCUGUAUACACUGUAUGAAUAAUGCAAAUAAUUUUGUAUUUUAUUCACAUUAAUGAUCAAAGUCUCAUGGGCUUGUAAAACUAUAUCUCUGUAGCUAUCUAUUUCAGUAAAGAUUUAUUGUAGUUUUUUAAUAACUCAUUACAGGAAAAUGUUACUGUAAACCAACUUUUAUUCACAUGCGAGAAAUUUUUAAUUUUUGCAAGAACCUUGUCAUCACAAAUAUUUCUCGCCACAGAACAGUUCUUAUUGUCACCUGUAAUAGUUUAGGAUCAUCUCGGUUGCAAAAAUUUAUCGCCACAAACCAAUUUAUCACUCUGGUCAAUCAAGGAACAAAAUUGUUGCAAAUAAAAGUUAGUUUACAGUAUUAAACUAGUCUCUUGCAUGUAUUAUCAUAUUUGUUCAUAUCAAUGUUUUGCUAUUUAUUUAACGGGGCAUUAUUUCGCUCUAUGUCUUGUACAUGUAGUAUAGAUUAACAAGAUCUGAUUACUGUAGACCUCAAAGUGCCAAAAUAAAAAUAUUUCAUUAUAAUACA